CAAAGAAUAACAACUUAAUAUUUAAACCUGUGCGUAUCUUAAUCAGGUUCAGUGUGCUAACUGCACAUGCUGCGUGAAACCUGAGCAUCUCGCUCAAGAUUUUAUCUAUUGGAGACAUGUUAAAAUUUGUGUUGCUACUCUGUGUUGCUGUGGCUGGCUCUAAUGCUAGACCUUUGCAAUAUAAUACUCUUCGUAUCCAAAAUGGUGGAUGGGUCAUUGGAGCCCCACAGCUGGUACAAAAUGGGCAAGAAUACAUGGGGAACUUUGGAUCUGCUGAACACCAUAGACAGGACACAAACGCUGAACCUCAGUGGGAAGUUGUUCUUGCUCCAGAGCAUACAGAAAAGAUGCAAGAUGAUAUGAACCAGAAAGUUGCUCCCACUGAGGAACACAGACAAGGCACUGAACCAUCUAGGCGCUUCUUGGUGGACCUGAACACCGGCUUGUUAAAGGAAUACAUCAGUGAGAUGGACAGGAGUGUUGAAGUCUACAAUCCUGCAUCCAAUUCUGCGUUCAGACAGGGCACUCAGAACUCUCGUGUAACUCUGGUGGACGUUAGAACAGGGCAACGGUUGCCUCAGCUGUCAGAGAUGCAGAGGAGAGCAGCACCAUUGUCUCAGUUCAGACAAGGCACAGAGUACAAUGAGGCACUGUUGAUGGAACUCAGGAAGGCCCAGAUGAUUGAGAGCAUGGAGACAGCCAAAGUUAGCAAACAGGAAACCACCCACAAAUCAGUUCUACCUGAGCUCCGCAGACAAGGAACAGAACCUUCUAGACGCUUUCUUGUGAACCCAAACACUGGAUUAGUAAAGGACCAUGUCAGUGAGAUGGAAAGAAGAAUUUCAGGCUUCUACAAUCCUGCAUCCAAUUCUGCAUUCAGACAGGGCACUCAGAACUCUCGUGUAACUCUGGUGGACACUAGAACAGGGCAGCAGUUGCCCCAGAUGUCAGAGAUGCAGAGGAGAGCAGCACCAUUGUCUCAGUUCAGACAAGGCACAGAGUACAAUGAGGCAAUGUUGAUGGAACUCAGGAAGGCCCAGAUGAUUGAGAGCAUGGAGACAGCCAAAGUUAGCAAACAGGAAACCACCCACAAAUCAGUUCUACCUGAGCUCCGCAGACAAGGAACAGAACCUUCUAGACGCUUUCUUGUGAACCCAAACACUGGAUUAGUAAAGGACCAUGUCAGUGAGAUGGAAAGAAGAAUUUCAGGCUUCUACAAUCCUGCAUCCAAUUCUGGGUUCAGACAGGGCACUCAGAACUCUCGUGUAACUCUGGUGGACACUAGAACAGGGCAGCAGUUGCCCCAGAUGUCAGAGAUGCAGAGGAGAGCAGCACCAUAUGGUUUCAGACAAGGCACUGAGUACAAUCUGCUGACCUUGUUGAAUCUCAGGAAUGCACAGAUGAUACACACCAAAGACAGCAAAGAUAAAACCCCACACACUGUACAGGACAUGGAAACCAAUGAGGUGUUUCCUGAGUUCAAACGUGGCAUUGAAUAUUCACAAGCUCAAAGACAACAGAUCAUGGAUCAACACCUUUUCCAAGCUCUAGAAAGUAAUGAAGUGGAUAUUUCACCCCCAUUGGAAGAGUUCAGACAUCAUAUGGAUUACAGCUAUGGUAAUGUAAUAGAUAGACGAAUCAUGGAGCCUUCUUAUGUGAAGCAAAGUGAUGAAGUUUCGACCUGUCAAGGAGAGGUUAUUGCUGGCAAAUGCUAUAUUUUCAAACCAAAAUUACAGACCUUCGGUGAAGCUGAAGAUGUUCAGAAUUGAUGAAAGCUGGUGGACAGCAGUAGCCUGUGGCCUGAAAACAGUGUAAAAAUCUCAUAGGAACAAAACCAUCUGUCUUAUCAAAUGAUUAUACACUGGCUUGCCUAACUACGAAGAGGAUUUGUUUUGAAAUAAUUCACAAUCUCUUAAUGUUUUUCAACAAAAAUAAAGAACAUUGAGCAUUUCAAAUUAUGUGUGUUUUUUUAA